CAAUAAGCUUUGGUUAGGGUUUUAAUGUUUUCUCUUCAUACCCAUUACACCAGCCGUCACUCUCUUUCUCCCUCACCCUUACCACCUUCGCCUCUCUCUCUCUCUCCCUGCCUCCCUCACCUGGCCUUUCCGCCGCCGCCACCACUUCAGCAAGUCCGGCAACACCGACCAGCUCCUCCGCCUCGUCCCUUGCGUUCGCGCUAAAGGCGCGUACCUGAUCUCCCUCACCUCGAUUCAGGGCAAUGCGCUCGCUGCCCUGUGUGACAUGAACGUGCAUUUUGCCUCUGGAGCUAGAAUUGUGCCCCUUCGAUCUCUCUCCGGUCACUUCCACCGCGAUCCAGAUGGUUUUCGGUGAUACGAUCGCUAUUGCGCUCAUGGCGGCGAAUCACCCCGCCGGCCGGAUCGGCAAGUCUCUUAUUUUCAAGAUUCUUGUAUGGAAGGUGGUUCCUAAGUAUAAUGCUCCAUCUUCAACAAGUCCUAUGGAAGACCAUAUUGAUCAAAGCUAUCCAUUUUCCAACCAUAUCCUAUUUCAUUAUCAGCAGUUUGAAGCUGUUCAUAUGGAUAAACUUGCUGGUCAUGAAGGAUCACUCUUCCGCAUAACCUGGUCCUCUGAUGGUUCCAAUCUGGUAUCUGUCUCUGACGAUCGUAGUGCUCGUGUUUGGGUGGUUCAUACUGAAAGAAAUGGUUCUGACAAGCCUGGGUAUUCUAUUGUGCCUGAACUUGACGGUGUUGUGCUGUUUGGUCACAAUGCCAGAGUUUGGGAUUGCUGUAUUAGUGAUUCUGUACCCUGUCCCUCAGCAGAGGAGUGAUAGAGAAAGAGUAAUGAAGUACUCUGUCAUACUGCAAAGUUAGUUUUAUACACAGGAGUGUUUUUUAUUUUUUUUUUAUAUAUAUAUUUUUUUAUGUUGGUAAUUGGUUAUUGUAGAAUCCGAAAAUAUGUUUGAAAAAAAUUAUUGUGUAUUGGUUUUGGGGUUCUUUUUAGUUCCCAAUUGAUUUCUUGAUGGGUUUUUACCUUUUAUUCUUUCACAUGAUUGUUGGGUAUUUUGAAUGAUUGAAUGAUUAGUUCAUCAAUUCAGUCAUGGUGAUGUGCCCAUUACUGUUUCCAUAACCUACUCAUGCGUUUGUUAUUGUGGAAGUAAAUUUGGACGUUCAAUAGAUGAGCGAUUCUGAAUUUAUUAUAUUCUGGUUGUAGUUGUAGAGGUUUAAAGUCCUUGUAAACUAAUCACCUAGGUGUGUAAUUCUUUGUGUUUUGAAGUAUGGUUAGUUGUUGACUGUUGUUUGUUCCAAAGAGAAACUAUGGAAGUUUCUAUUUGAUGCGGUACGAGUCUAGCUAUGUGGAAUUUUGGGCACUGAAUUAGAUUAGGGCCAAGCAUAGGAAUGAAGAGAAAGGUAGUCCUUAAAAUCAUAGCUGGAGUCACAGAUUUUUGUCUUUAGAGAUGGGAUUCUUCCAUGUAUUAUGGUAAUUGCCAGCUGGGUGAAAAUUAAAAUUUUCUUCUAUUUCCCUAGAAAUAUUAAAAGUGGUCCUUUUUUUUUUUAUAAUAAAAAAGGACUUGUUAAUGAGCACUAGCUCAAAUGGAAUCUCUUCCGCUUUUAAAAGCAUUACCAAUAAAAAAAAUUAUGGUUCCAUGACUUAUAUUGUCAAUAUGAUUAUUAGGGAGUUAAGAUUACUUGGGGCAUGUAGGAAUUGGCAUCCAAAGGUGGGAUCCUCACAUGGGGAUACAACUUUUUUUUUUUUUUUUUUUUUGAUGUGAAAUUCGACUAAACUUUAUUAAUCAGAAGAAUUGACAAAUACAUCCUGGUUGAGAGCUUUUUCAAGAAAACGAGGGGACUCUUCAACCCAAACAGAUAAAUCUGCAAUGCCUAAAGCAUGUCUAGCAAGUAAAUGAGCCGGCUUAUUGCCAUUUCGACCAACAUGGGCGAAAUCUACACUACGGAAGCUAUGAGCAACAUUUAUGGAACUAAAAACCAGAGCAGCAACAGAUAAUGGAGGAGGAGAUAAUUCCCUUAAAGCAUUAACCAGAGACAACGAAUCACCCUCAAGCGUGAAGUCCUGGAUAGACAUGUCUUUGGCGAAUUGAAGGCCCAGCUCAACAGCCUUAGCUUCAACCUCCAUGGCACCUAGAGGAUCAAGUUUUUUACUACAGGCACCGAUCAACUGACCCGCUGCAUCUCUAAUUAAAAUCCCCACCCCAGCCAUUUUCUGCUCUUUGAACACGGCACCAUCUACAUUAAUUUUGUAGCGAUUAGGAGAGGGAGGCGUCCAUACCACUGCUUCAGCUGGCUGCUUCAAACCUGUGGCCUCCAAACAAGCCUGAUACGCAACUAAAUAUUCCAACGCAUCCUGUACUACGGCCUGCGCUGACUUCUUCGCACCACCAUGUCUGUGUUCAUUCUAGUUCGACCACAACGCCCAAGCUAUCACAAUCAAAUGUUCCACCCCACUGUGAUCCCAUUGAGCAAUCAUCACUACGUACCACAGCAGGUCCAUGAAUGAACCGAAAUGGUGAUCCACAGAGCCCAGAAACAGAGAGGAAGUACAGCAAGUCCAUGAAUGAACUGAAAUGGUGAUCCACAAAGCCCAGAAACAGAGAGGAAGUGCGCCAAACUUCUCUAGCACGUUGACAGUGCCAAAAUAGAUGGCCUGAAGACUCAUCCUCCAUCUGGCAUUCAUCACAAACACUGUCCAAAAGCACUUUGCGCCUAACCAGAUUCUCCUUUGUGGGUAAAACAUCUUUGCAAGCCCUCCAAGCGAAGUGGCGGAUCUUGUGCGGGAUAUUACAGCUCCAUAAAUACUUCCAAAAUCUUCUUAACUGACUACAUGGGGAUACAACUUUGUUGGUUCCUUAUUUGUGAUGUUAGCUUUAAGGGGGGAAAAAUAUGCCUAUCCUACUUUGGUCCAUAAAAUUUUCUAAGGUUAUAUAAAGAUGCCUUUUGCGCAUUGGCCUCAACUUUAUUUUUUCCUUAUUAUUAUUUUAAUUAAAGACGCAUGUUAUACUUGUUGAGGAGCAAUAUUUCUAUAUAU